AUGGCCACGUCCGACUCCAAAGCGCCUCUGCGAACCGUAAAAAGGGUCCAAUUCGGCAUUCUCUCUCCCGAUGAGAUACGUCGGAUGUCAGUCACAGAUGGCGGCAUUCGCUUUCCAGAAACUAUGGAAGGUGGUCGUCCAAAGCUUGGUGGACUUAUGGACCCAAGACAAGGUGUCAUUGAUAGAAAUUCUAGAUGUCAGACAUGUGCUGGUAAUAUGACAGAAUGUCCAGGGCACUUUGGUCACAUAGAUUUGGCAAAACCAGUUUUUCAUGUUGGUUUUAUAACAAAAACAAUAAAAAUCUUGAGAUGUGUGUGUUUUUAUUGUUCAAAGCUUCUUGUCAGUCCACACAAUCCAAAAAUCAAAGAAAUUGUAAUGAAAACUAAAGGUCAACCACGUAAACGUCUCACAUUUGUUUAUGAUUUAUGUAAAAGUAAAAAUAUUUGUGAGGGUGGUGAUGAGAUGGAUAUUAAUAAAGAGAAUCAAGAGCAACAACCUACAGAAAGAAAACCUGGACAUGGUGGAUGUGGUAGAUAUCAGCCCAAUCUUCGAAGGUCUGGUUUAGAUGUUACUGCAGAAUGGAAACAUGUGAAUGAAGAUUCACAGGAGAAGAAAAUGGCACUCACAGCAGAAAGGGCAUGGGAAAUUUUAAAGCAUAUUACAGAUGAAGAGUCAUUUAUUCUUGGUAUGGACCCAAAGUUUGCCAGACCAGAUUGGAUGGUAGUAACAGUCUUACCUGUUCCACCCUUAUCAGUUAGGCCAGCUGUUAUUAUGUAUGGUUCUGCCAAAAAUCAAGAUGAUUUAACACACAAACUUGCUGACAUUAUAAAAGCGAAUAAUGAAUUAAUAAAGAAUGAACAAGCUGGAGCAGCGGCGCACGUGAUAUCAGAAAAUAUAAAAAUGUUGCAAUUUCAUGUGGCAACUCUGGUCGAUAACGAUAUGCCUGGCAUGCCAAGAGCGAUGCAGAAAUCAGGCAAACCUCUAAAAGCUAUAAAAGCUAGACUGAAAGGGAAAGAAGGCAGAAUAAGAGGAAAUUUAAUGGGAAAACGUGUUGACUUCUCUGCUCGUACUGUAAUUACGCCCGAUCCCAACCUGCGAAUCGAUCAAGUCGGUGUGCCUCGAAGUAUCGCUCAAAAUUUAACAUUCCCUGAAAUUGUAACGCCUUUCAAUAUUGAUAAAAUGCAAGAGCUAGUCAGACGUGGAAAUUCACAAUAUCCAGGCGCUAAGUAUAUCGUCAGAGACAAUGGAGAGAGAAUUGAUUUAAGAUUUCAUCCAAAACCGUCCGAUCUGCAUCUACAAUGUGGUUAUAGAGUGGAGCGUCACAUUCGAGAUGGUGACCUAGUAAUUUUUAAUCGUCAACCGACUUUGCACAAAAUGAGUAUGAUGGGUCACAGAGUGAAAGUUUUACCAUGGAGUACAUUCCGUAUGAAUCUUAGCUGUACCUCACCGUAUAAUGCCGAUUUUGACGGCGAUGAAAUGAAUUUGCACGUACCACAGUCGAUGGAGACUCGUGCCGAAGUAGAAAAUAUUCACGUAACACCACGUCAAAUUAUCACACCACAGGCCAACAAACCAGUUAUGGGUAUUGUACAGGACACACUUACUGCUGUAAGAAAGAUGACCAAGAGAGACGUUUUCAUUGAAAAAGAGCAGAUGAUGAACAUCCUUAUGUUUUUGCCCAGUUGGGAUGGUAAAAUGCCUCAACCAUGUAUAUUGAAACCAAAGCCUCUAUGGACUGGUAAACAGAUUUUCUCUCUAAUUAUACCAGGCAAUGUGAACAUGAUCAGAACUCACAGUACACAUCCUGAUGAAGAGGAUGAUGGUCCAUAUAAAUGGAUUUCUCCUGGUGACACCAAAGUAAUGGUAGAACAUGGUGAACUUGUCAUGGGUAUCCUUUGUAAAAAGACUUUGGGUACGUCUGCUGGGUCUUUGCUUCAUAUUUGUAUGUUAGAGUUGGGACACGAGGUUUGUGGACGAUUUUACGGAAACAUUCAAACUGUGAUCAACAAUUGGUUACUGCUUGAGGGUCACUCGAUUGGUAUUGGAGAUACCAUUGCUGAUCCCCAGACCUACCUAGAGAUUCAGAAAGCCAUCAAGAAGGCCAAAGAGGACGUGAUAGAGGUUAUUCAAAAAGCACACAACAUGGAGUUGGAACCCACACCUGGUAACACAUUGAGGCAGACUUUCGAGAAUCAAGUAAACAGAAUUUUGAACGACGCUCGUGACAAGACUGGUGGCUCUGCCAAGAAAUCUUUGACUGAGUACAAUAAUUUAAAGGCUAUGGUAGUAUCAGGUUCGAAGGGGUCCAACAUUAAUAUCUCUCAAGUUAUUGCUUGUGUCGGUCAACAAAACGUAGAAGGUAAACGAAUUCCAUUCGGUUUUCGCAAGAGAACGUUGCCACAUUUCAUUAAAGACGAUUACGGUCCUGAGUCCAGAGGAUUCGUCGAGAACUCGUAUCUUGCCGGUUUGACUCCGUCUGAAUUUUAUUUUCACGCUAUGGGAGGUCGUGAGGGUCUUAUCGAUACUGCUGUAAAGACUGCAGAAACUGGAUACAUUCAGCGUCGUCUGAUAAAGGCUAUGGAGUCUGUAAUGGUACAUUAUGACGGAACGGUCAGAAACUCGGUGGGACAACUUAUUCAGUUGCGUUACGGUGAGGACGGUUUAUGCGGUGAAACAGUCGAGUUCCAGAAUCUACCUACUAUUAAAUUGAGUAAUAAAUCAUUUGAGAAGAAGUUCAAAUUCGAUCCAACCAACGAACGAUAUCUUCGUCGCAUUUUCAAUGAAGAUAUCGUUCGGGAAAUGAUGGGAUCUGGUGAAGUAAUAUCUGAACUGGAAAGAGAAUGGGAACAAUUGAACAAGGACCGUGCUGUUCUAAGAGAGAUCUUCCCCAGUGGAGAAUCGAAAGUUGUAUUACCUUGCAAUCUGCAAAGAAUGAUUUGGAAUGUGCAGAAAAUAUUCCAUAUAAAUAAGAGAGCACCUACAGAUCUUAGCCCUAUGAGAGUUAUACAGGGAGUGAAAGAUCUUUUGGAUAAAUGUAUCAUUGUGGCUGGUGAUGAUAGACUUAGCAAACAGGCUAAUGAAAAUGCCACAUUAUUGUUCCAAUGCUUAGUGAGAUCUACUUUAUGUACGAAAUGCGUUUCUGAAGAAUUCAGAUUGUCCAGUGAAGCUUUUGAAUGGCUUAUUGGAGAAAUUGAAACUAGGUUCCAACAAGCACAGGUAUCUCCUGGUGAAAUGGUAGGCGCUUUGGCUGCGCAGUCACUCGGUGAACCUGCAACCCAGAUGACACUGAACACUUUCCACUUUGCUGGUGUAUCAUCGAAGAACGUAACCCUUGGUGUACCCAGAUUAAAGGAAAUUAUAAAUAUCAGUAAAAAACCAAAGGCUCCGUCGUUGACGGUAUUCUUGACUGGAGCUGCUGCGAGAGAUGCUGAGAAAGCGAAGAAUGUACUUUGGAGAAAAGUCACAGCAAACACAGCGAUCUACUAUGAUCCAGAUCCACAAAAUACUGUAAUCGCAGAGGAUCAAGAAUUCGUUAACGUCUAUUAUGAAAUGCCUGACUUUGAUCCAACUAAAAUAUCACCCUGGUUACUUCGUAUAGAGUUGGAUCGUAAGAGGAUGACUGACAAGAAGUUAACUAUGGAACAAAUCGCAGAAAAAAUUAAUGCUGGUUUCGGUGACGAUUUAAACUGCAUUUUCAAUGACGAUAACGCGGAGAAAUUGGUUCUGCGAAUUAGGAUAAUGAACAGUGACGAUAACAAGUUCCAAGACAGCGAGGAAGAGACUGUAGACAAAAUGGAGGACGAUAUGUUCCUUCGAUGUAUCGAAGCAAAUAUGCUCAGUGACAUGACAUUACAGGGUAUUGAAGCUAUAGGAAAAGUGUACAUGCAUUUACCUCAAACAGAUGCCAAGAAACGUAUAGUUAUCACAGAGACUGGCGAGUUCAAAGCAAUAGCAGAGUGGUUAUUGGAAACGGACGGUACAAGUUUGAUGAAAGUGUUGAGCGAAAGGGAUGUAGAUCCUGUUAGGACAUUCAGUAACGACAUUUGCGAGAUAUUCCAAGUAUUGGGUAUAGAGGCUGUGAGAAAGUCGGUCGAGAAAGAAAUGAACGCCGUAUUGCAAUUCUAUGGUCUUUACGUAAACUAUCGUCAUCUUGCUUUGCUUUGCGACGUAAUGACUGCCAAAGGACAUUUGAUGGCUAUUACACGUCACGGAAUUAACAGACAGGACACUGGUGCUCUUAUGAGAUGUUCCUUCGAAGAAACAGUAGACGUUUUGUUGGACGCAGCGUCUCACGCUGAAGUAGAUCCGAUGAGAGGAGUAUCUGAGAACAUUAUCAUGGGUCAACUUCCACGUAUAGGAACAGGAUGUUUCGAUUUGCUUUUGGAUGCCGAGAAAUGUAAAGCUGGUAUUGAAAUACCAAUGGCAGUGGGUGCUGGAGUAAUGGGAACUGCCGGAAUGUUCUUUGGUAGUGUCGCCACACCGAGCAUGAGCCCUCAAAUGACACCUUGGAUGGGUGCUACACCUGGCUAUGGCGCCUCGAGCAUGUCACCUGGUACGAACAUUUUUUAUCAUUUUAAUGGUAUGACACCCGGAGGAGCAUGCUUCUCACCAUCAGGAGCAUCAGAUGCCUCAGGACUUUCUCCAGCAUACUCUGCAUACUCACCACAACCUGGAAGUCCUGGAAGUCCAGGACCCAGUAUGAGUCCAUACCCCAUGUCUCCAGCAGGUGGUGCUUCGCCAAGCUACUCGCCUACGUCUCCUGCUUAUCUACCAACGUCACCAAGUAUAACACCGUCAAGCCCCAACUAUUCGCCUACAAGUCCUACUUAUUCACCAACCAGCCCAAACUAUUCACCAACGAGUCCAAGUUAUUCACCAACGAGUCCAAAUUACUCACCAACGUCACCAAGCUAUUCACCAACGAGUCCAAGCUACUCACCAACGUCACCAAGUUACUCGCCAACGAGUCCAAGCUACUCACCAACCAGUCCAAGCUAUUCACCAACGAGCCCAAGUUACUCACCAACGAGUCCAAGCUACUCACCAACGAGUCCAAGUUAUUCUCCGACCAGUCCAAGUUACUCGCCAACCAGUCCAAGUUAUUCUCCAACGUCUCCGAGCUAUUCAACAUCGCCAAGCUACUCACCAACGAGUCCAAGUUACUCUCCAACGAGUCCAAGCUACUCGCCAAGUUCACCAAAUUACACACCAGCUUCACCGUCGUAUUCUCCAACGAGUCCAAGCUACUCGCCAAGUUCUCCACAAUAUUCGCCAGCUAGUCCAAGCUACUCACCAAGUAGUCCAAAAUAUUCACCAACGAGUCCAUCGUACUCGCCUACAUCGCCGUCGUUCGCUGGAACCUCGCCACAAUACACUCCAGCGAGUCCAACGUACUCUCCAACAAGUCCAACCUACUCACCAACGAGUCCAUCGUACUCGCCCAGUUCACCCCAACACACAGCGUCAGGUAGCACAAGAUACUCACCCAGUAGUCCAAAUUAUUCACCUACUAGUCCAACGUACUCGCCAACGAGUCCACAAUAUUCGCCGUCGAGUACGAAGUACUCUCCAACCAGUCCAACAUACACACCGACCAGUCCAAGCUACUCGCCAACGAGCCCAACGUACUCUCCGCCAGUGCCUGGUUACUCGCCGACAAGUCCCACGUAUUCCCCGGCCUCACCAGCCUACGAAACAGACGACUAAGAAGUAUUACGCGUAUCUGUACGGAUAUUUGUUAUUAAACGCAUACUAUGGACUAGGUAUAAGUACGAUAAGUUAUAAUUACCGCUACUAUACUUUCAGCCCUCGAUUUUCUAACCUCGUAAAUAUAUACUUAGUGUAUAAAUUAAUGCACGAUUUUUAUAAUUCUCGCGUGAUCACCUGCUAAUGGUAAUAGGUCUAA